AUUCUUAACUUCUUUUCGAAUUCAGUACAAGUCUACUUUGCGGUAUUCUAUUGAAUUUUUUUUCGUUUGGGCUGUUCUUAUCAGCUUAGUUCAUUAAUCCAUGUCAAUAAACUUCAGCUUGUAUGCUGUUAUUGGUUGUUGGCUUUUGUUUAUUAAAAACUCCAGCAGGUAUGGUUAUUGAGAUUUUUCUGUUUAUCACUUUGUGUGCUUUUAAGGAACACAAGCUAAAAUUGAGGAGUUUAGAUUGUUCAUUUGUGUUUCUGUUUCCAAACAAAGUCUGGGUUUAUGGGUAAACAAGGUCUCCUAAAGUCGUCUUAUGGGAUGAACAAUUGUCAGAUUAGAUGUAGUGAAAGUUCGCCAGGAGGUGAUCAUAUAAGUGGGAGGAGACCAUUAGAGGGAGAAUACUUGUUAAGCAAAGCUGGAAUACAUCAUGGGUCGAAAAAUGACAGCAUACCGUGUUCUUUUGCAUCUAAAGGGAUGUAUUAUGGUCGGAGGCAGAUGUUUUUUCUUAGUCAUGUGAGAUCAAUUGCUUUAGUUGUUGCGUUCAUGGGUGCUCUUUUCUUGUUGGAUUCUCUUAUGUUUUCCAUAAUUCAUUCUAUGAAUCUUCAAAUUAGUCCGUCCCGGAUGGAAUCGGAUGGGUUACAGGAUGACGACCAUGGUGCUUAUGAUAAACAAGAAUGGACACCGAUAGAGAUGUAUAGUCAGCUUCUUAAUCUGGCUUCAACCGAUCUUACAAAGAGAGGUGUGGAACCUGACUUAUCGACAUUGUGGGAGGAACCAUAUAAAGAACAGGCAUCUGCAUGGACACCUUGUGCAGAUAAACAGGGUUCAACACAUCAAGGGAAAUCUCCAGUAAACAAUGGAUUUUUAUUGGUCAGUGCAAAUGGUGGUAUCAAUCAACAACGAGUUGCUGUUUGCAACGCUGUUGCUGUUGCAUCUUUACUUAAUGCAACUCUAGUAAUUCCCAAGUUUCUCUACAGCAAUGUAUGGAACGACCCAAGCCAGUUUGGAGAUAUCUAUCAAGAGGAGCAUUUCAUAAAUACAAUGAAGGAUGAAGUGAAUAUUGUAAAGGAGCUGCCUUCUCAUUUGCAAUCUCUAGACAUUGAAGAAAUUGGAAGCCUGAUAACAGAUGCAGAUAUUGUGAAAGAAGCCAAGCCCGCUGACUUUAUAAGAAUUAUACUUCCAAUCUUACAAAAAAAUGGAGUUGUUCACUUUCUUGGCUUUGGCAACCGUCUAGGCUUUGAUCCACUGCCCUUUAAUCUUCAGAGAAUGAGAUGCAAGUGCAACUUUCAUGCCUUAAAGUUUGCACCUAAAAUCCAGCAAGCCGCAUCAUUAUUGGUCAGUAGAAUACGGAAGACGGAUACUGCUAGGAGUCUACUAGACAACCAACUACUUGGAAAUUUCACAGCAGAUACUCCUUUGAAAGGACGCGAUGCUUCAAGAGAACCUUCAAAAUAUCUUGCACUGCACCUGAGGUUUGAAAUAGACAUGGUAGCAUACUCAUUAUGUGCAUUUGGAGGAGGAGAAGAUGAGGCAAAGGAGCUUGAGGCUUACAGGAAAAUUCACUUUCCGAUUGUUGUCGAGCGCUUGAAAAAAACAAAGUCUGUUUCUCCAGCAGAACUGAGGAAGUUAGGUAAAUGUCCACUGACGCCAGAAGAAGCAGGCCUUGUGCUCUCUGGUCUUGGUUUUAAGCGCAGUACUUACAUCUUUCUUGCUGGAUCUGGUAUAUAUGGGGGAAAUUCUAGAAUGCAUGCUCUGACUAGGCUGUACCCUAAUUUGGUCACAAAGGAAAAUCUUCUGACACCAUCUGAACUUGCACCGUUCAGGAAUUUCUCCUCUCAGUUAGCAGCUCUGGACUUCAUCGCUUGUGCAACUUCGGAUGUAUUUGCUAUGACUGAUUCAGGCAGUCAACUUUCCUCACUUGUGUCGGGAUACAGAGUUUACUAUGGUCGUGGUCAGACUCCGACAAUAAGACCCAACAAGAAAAGACUUGCAGCACUUUUAAAAGAGAGCAGCACAAUCAGUUGGAAUAGAUUCCAAGAAAGAGUAACGAAAAUGAUCCAGGAAGAUCAACGGGUGAAUGUAAGAGGCUUCGGUCGAAGCGUAUACCGCCAACCAAGGUGCCACGAAUGCAUGUGUAAGCUUCACUAGUUUCUGUAAAUAUGUCAAAACACCAGAAAUUUUUCCGAAAAAUUUUCUCAACAAUUUUUCCAUUGUAGUUGUACAUGAUCAUAAUCUUGUAUAUGGAGGCACCAUUUGUCCUUUAGAAUACACAAAUGUCAUACCCUGUUGGCCCUGUUGUUUUUAUGAACUUCAAGCAUUGAUCUUAAGUCUUGUGUUAUAAUUUCAGGUGUUAAAGUGCCAUUUUCUUUGUUUCUUGACUGUAAAUAAAUAAAUGUAAAAUCUUGAUAAAGAAAUAAAUAACCGUUUUAUUGGA